CACACACACACACACACAGAGGAUCAAUUGUAGGUAACCCCCAGCAGCAAGGACUCCAGAAGGGUCCUUGAGGGGACUGAGGUGCCUUGGAAGCGCGCUCCGGGAAGUCGGUCAGCUUCCGUCCAGAUCAGUUUCCUCACCUAUAAGAUGGGGAUAACACCCUUCCCCCGUCGUAAUAUUCGGCUAACAUAAGGGAUAUUUGGCAAGACGCCUAUGUUUUGCAUUAUCGCGGUUCCGUAUGAGGUAAUAUACCGCUCGGCAACAGAGUAGUCGGAGUCCUCGCACGCCUUACAGUGGAGCACAAACCAACGUGAGGUGCCAUUACGCAAGCUGCCGGGCCUCCAUCAGUCCUUGAAUUCCCGUGGCCGCUCGGCGCGGCUGGAGGCCGGAGCCCUCCGCGAGCGGGCCCCGUCCUAGCCGGGCCCGGGUGCGCGCUCUGUCCCGCCGGCUUCCAGGGCGGGGCGGAGGCAGGGGCGGAACGGACGUGCCCGGGCCGCGCUGCCGCGGGGCCGCUUUACGGGUGGGACCAGGUGGUCUCCCGGGCAGCGGGGCAGCGCCAUGGCCGGACAGCGGGUGAACGUGAACGUGGGCGUCCUGGGCCACAUCGACAGCGGCAAGACGGCGCUGGCGCGGGCGCUGAGCACCACGGCCUCCACGGCCGCCUUCGACAAGCAGCCGCAGAGUCGCGAGCGCGGCAUCACGCUGGAUCUGGGCUUCUCGUGCUUCUCGGUGCCGCUGCCGGCGCGCCUGCGCCCGGGGUCGGAGCCCGACUCCGAGCCCCGACCCGGGCAGCUGCAGUUCACGCUGGUCGACUGCCCCGGGCACGCCUCCCUCAUCCGCACCAUCAUCGGCGGAGCUCAGAUCAUUGAUUUAAUGAUGCUAGUUAUCGACGUGACUAAAGGAAUGCAGACUCAGUCAGCAGAAUGCUUGGUGAUUGGGCAAAUUGCUUGUCAGAAGCUGAUUGUGGUACUGAACAAGAUAGACCUUCUAGCCGAGGAGAAGAGACAGGCGGCUAUUGACAAGAUGACCAAGAAAAUGCAGAAGACAUUAGAGAACACAAAGUUCCGGGGCUCACCGAUUAUUCCUGUUGCAGCCAAGCCUGGUGGACCGGAGGCCCCAGAAACUGAAACUCCUCAGGGCAUUUCAGAAUUAAUUGAGCUUCUGACGUCACAGGCUUCCAUCCCGACCAGAGACCCUUCGGGCCCCUUCCUCAUGGCUGUGGAUCACUGUUUCUCCAUCAAAGGUCAAGGCACGGUGAUGACAGGGACGAUCCUUUCGGGCUCAGUCAGCCUUGGGGACAACGUGGAGAUUCCUGCCCUAAAGGUAGUGAAGAAAGUGAAGUCCAUGCAGAUGUUCCACACUCCGGUCACCUCUGCCAUGCAAGGAGACAGAUUGGGCAUCUGUGUGACCCAGUUUGACCCCAAGUUGCUAGAACGGGGGCUAGUAUGCACACCAGAUUCUCAUACCAUCCAUGCUGCGAUUGUUUCUGUUAAGAAGAUUCCUUAUUUUCGAGGUGCUCUUCAGACAAAGGCAAAGUUUCAUAUAACUGUUGGUCACGAGACAGUGAUGGGAAGGGUGAUGUUUUUUAGCCCAGCUCCUGAUCAGUUUGAUUGUGAGCCCCUGGAGGAGACCUUCGACUUUGAAAAGGAGUAUCUCUAUCAAGAGCAAUAUUUGUCCAAGGAAUCCCCCCCUGCAGAGGAGGACAAGAAGAGUGACCAACCUGUAGAGAAGUGGCCAAAGCAACAGUGGGCUCUCCUAGAAUUCGAGAAGCCUGUUACCUGCCCAAAAUUGUGCCUUGUGAUUGGCUCCAAACUCGAUACUGACAUACAUGCCAACACUUGCCGACUGGCUUUCCAUGGGAUGAUGCUUCAAGGUCUGGAAGAUAGGAACUAUACUGAGACUUUCCUGCCAAAGUUGAAGGUGUAUAAACUGAAACACAAGGAGGGAUAUGUGGAGAGGGUGAUUGACGAUUACAAUGUGAUUGGCCGGUCUUUGUUUAAGAAGGAGACCAACAUCCAGAUCUUUGUGGGGCUAAAAGUCCACCUCUCAUCAGGGGAAAGCGGAGUCAUCGAAAGUGGCUUUGGCCAAAGUGGAAAGUUCAAGAUCCGGAUUCCCGCUGGACUUCACCCGGACACCAAGAAGCUUCUCGCCACUGCUGCCACCAAGAAGAGGGCUAAGGCGGGAAAAGGAGAAGCCUCCAAGGAGGACGAAAGGGCUGGCAAAGCAGACCCUGCCCAGCACAUCGCCAUCAGCCUCUACUUCAAGAGAUACGUGUUUGAUGUGCAGAAGAGAAUGGUUCAGUCUCCUUGAAGUCCAACCUGCCCCGCUGGACUGGACCCUCCAAACUAAAGAAUCUCAGGUUACAGGGCAUUGGAGCUCUCGCUUGGAUGUCCUAACUAGGCCACUUUUAGGGCCCCCUCCCACUCAACUGUGAUUCUCAACAGUUCUGAAUUGCUUCCUCCUCCAGAUACACCCCUCCCACCCCGCACUGGGCCGAGCUGCCUGGAUGUCCAUGGGUCUAGAGAGUUCUCUACCAUCAGGCUUCCAGCUAGUUUGUCGGCUGACCUUCUGACUGAGGCUGAGGUUCACGAGGGGGAGGGGGAGAAAGGGAUAUUUGUCUUUUCUAGUGCGAACAGAAAUCCAUUUGUAACCAUUUUAUACCUUCCCAUGUAAACUUUCCCAGAAUACCAUUUUUGGAGCCCGGGGAACAGCCAACCAGAACAGAAAGGAAGAGGAGAAAGGAAGGGCACCAGGAAGAAAGAGUCCCAAGUAAAUCAGAUUCUGUAAACAUCUUUCAUUAGGGACCCAGGGAGUCCCCGGGUGGGGAAGUGUCUGUCACCUAGCCGGGGAAACCGCCUCCAAAACCUGCCUGCUCCCUGGUCAUUCCUCAGCCCGUAAACAAAAGGAGCAGGGUGGGCUGAGGAGCCAUCUCUGAGGUCCUUUCUAGCUCUGACUCCUCUCAUUUCUGGUUGUGAAUAAAUCUCCAGUGUCCAGGCA